UUGGUCAACGGGGGAAAACCCUUUCUGUGGAGGAGGUGAAUAGUUUUCUUGGGGAUUCAUUAUUUUAGUAGACUUUUGAGAUGUCGGUGGAUAAUCGUCGGCAUCACUUAUCGGAGUUCCGUGACCUGUUUAGAGCGCUUUUCAACAUUUCCGAUCGGGACGUGCAGACAAGAGUUUUGGACGCUAUAAAUGGUGUCGUAAAUGAGGAUCAGGAUUAUUGUUCACGGUGCCAGUAUCGGAGGAACAGAACAUUUUCUGACGCGGAAGUGCAGACCAACUUUACGGCAACAGUGACUAUAAAGAAGUGUUCAAUUUCGGUGCAAACUGAUCCUGUCGCAGCUAGCCCGGAUUCAACCGUGGAACCAGUGACUCCGCCAGCAUUGGUAGCAAUUGGUUCGCGAAAGCCAUUGAAUAUUCGCAUUGCGGAGCGAAAAAAUAGUGCGGAAACAAAGGAUUUUCCUUCAAGUAGUGUGAAAAGGCUCAUGGCACAGUGCGCGGGAAAUAAAAAGAAUAGAGUGGAGUGCGUGGUGUGGGAAACUACCACGGUCGGACAGUCCCCACCGCUGGAGGCGACCGAUUGUCAGAGGAAUGAUCCAGUCAUGAAGAACGGAUCUGAACAACGUCGAAAAACAACUCGCAGGAGGAACACCGAUUCACCUCACAAUUCCAAGAUGCAUCAAGUACUGGACUCGGAUGUUGAUAGGUCCAAUUCCCCGAUAGUCCUUUCUCGGUCCGUGUCCAAUUCCCCCAAACUCCUUCCUGUUAUUCUAUCCAAUAUCCCCAUAGACCGCUCCGGCCCAAUGCCCAAUUCAUCAAUAGCCCUUCCUGGUCCCUUGCUCAAGACUAAAACUUUCGAUGAAACCCGGCCAUAUCAAUCUGUGGUUAAGCGAAGGAAGAGGACGAGCAAGGUCCCGCGCGUGGAGAAAGCAGAAACUGGGGACAAGAGCAGCAUCGAAGAAAUUUUAAACUCCAAAAUGACACCAACCUCCGCCAAGCGCAGCAAACUGACUUACGAAUCAGAGUUCAGAAAGUUCAUCAAACCAAAUCAAGAGAAAAACAGUCAAAUUAUAGAAGAACUGAUAGGUUGCUACACAACAGACGAGAUCAAUCAAACAGUCAAAAGUUUAGAGGAACCAGUAAAUGUUAUAGAACAAAUGAAGCGAGAAUGGGCGAUAUCACUGGUUUGCUUCGAUGGAUAUUACGCCGUACAUAAGGCCAUUGUAGAAAACGAAUUGCCAGCACUGAAGCGACAAAUUUACGUUUUGAAAUUUCGGAAAAUAAAUAUCAAUCAAAUGCUAACUGACGAUGAUGAGACUCCCCUGCAACUUGCCGUUAAACACAACAGCGCCUUACCCAUAGUAAGUGAGCUAAUCCAGAGUGGUGCCGACGUGAACGAGAAAGAUAAAGACAACAACACAAUCCUUCAUUUGGCGAUGAAAUAUUCCAGCGAUUCGAAACUUCUAAAAUUACUUCUCAGCAAAGUCAAUUCCAAAAUAUUCAAUGUAUACAACGACAAUGGCGAGACAGCUCUUCACGUUGGUGUAAGUGAGGAAAAAUUCUUGAUGUGCAAAACAUUUCUGGAAUUUAUCGACCAACAAGAGAAAUUGCUAUCACCCGGUCAGGGUAUAAGUGAUUUGGUAAAAUUGUCCGAUACAUUCAGACAAAUUUUGAAUAUACUUCCCUCGCGAGAACCAACUGAAUUGAAUGCACGAAAGCAAAGUAUACUGAAUGCGAAAAAUCAGAAAAGUGGCAGAACACCGUUGUUUCUGGCAUUGAGCAAUCGAUCAGAGAAAGCAGAAAUUAUGGUUUUGUUGCUGUUAGUUCACCUGGCGGACCCACGCAUCUGCGAUUUCAACGGAAUGGAUAGUGUAGCCUUUGCUAUGGAGACAUAUGAAAGCAAUCGCUACAAUGAUGCUCUGGAGACAUCAGUAGUGUUUUUCGAGAAAAUCUCUCUACAAAUUAGAGAGAACGAUUCCGCCUCUGAUGGCUAAAUUCAUAGGAGAUAACCGCAGCUCUUUCUUCCACAGAAUAAUGUGUGUUUCAAUUCCGGGAGGACAGUCUGUAUCUAACCGUAUGCCAUCGGUCUUUUAGAGUGCUCAUAUUUAUUAGAAAUAACUACUAGACCAACGUAAAAUUCACGUACUAGGCACGCAUUACAAAUUGAGCGUGGAAUAUUGAAAACUGGGAGGGCGGGAGUUGCAGGAUAAGUUAAGUUUCGAUAGGUUCAGUUUGGAUUUAGUGUAUAGAGGUCCUGGUUGCUGGUUCACUCACCUUUCUAUUUCUAUCCCAGCGAAACGAAACUGGGGAAUUCAUAGAUAAACCAUUAAAACCGUAAAAUAAAUGAACAACCAGAAUGGACUGAGGUCAUUUCACUUUCAAUUCGUAAUGCAUAUACCGAUUGAUACCGAAAUAAUCAUAAAAUGGGAAUUUUUUGAUUAACAAUUGUUCGUUGCGCAGAAUGGAGUUUUUUUUCCUUUUUCCUUUUCUCUAAUUGUAUACGAAUCAGAUUUAUCUAGUAAAAUUUAUUGUACAUAGAACGAUUCAUCCCCAUCAAUUUACGUUGAUGUUUUAGGGUGUUACGGUUAAAAUAUUACGUUUAGAAUAUUAAAUACCUACUUUAAUCGAAUUUAUGUAAAACUAAUUAUACAAAGAGUUUUCACUUAAUGCUAGUGUAUCGUGAUUAUCAUUAAGAUUCAUCUUCUUUCAUUAAAAAGUUUUCACAUGAUCUUUGGAUGGCAGUAGGCUCAUAAGGGCUACGUGCUUAUCUGUAUUUCUCCAUAUCGUUUAGUUAUGUAACAUAAGUAAGACAUUCACUAAUUAAAGAGUCCUCCUCCUUAAAAUUAAGUUACACGUUAUCGAUUGGAGACAAAUUCAGGAUAAUAAAGGUUUUGCUUUGAAAUAAUUUCAACAAUUUGUUUUUCUAAAUUUAAAUUGAAACACAGAAAUGCAAAAUAAAAAUCAAUUGAUUGGUUUGAAGCCUUGUAAAGCUGGCAGUUGAAGCCAUCGUCGAUAAUAUCUCCAGGAAGACGCGUUCUUAAAGUCGACUCUUUUCGAGAAGUUCGAGGGCAGCGAUACGUUCACUUUGCCCUAGCUGCAUGGCUUGGUAUCAUCUUUAACUUCGCUCCAUAACACCGAAGCUAUAGCGAAAAUCCCGACCUAAGCACUGCGUCUAAUAACAACUCAAGUGGCCAGGGACAACACAGAAUCUUGGACUAAGAUCUAAGGAGGGUUGGCACAGAGUUUUACCAUAAACUUCUGUUUGAAGCAGGGAGAUGGUUUCGCUCCCAGUGUCUUUAAUAUAGUCCCGCAGCAUCGCAUUCGAAAAAGUAAGACUAAGGGUCAACGAGACCAAAACAAAAUUUGUGGCCCAAACAAGAAAAUUAGCGCCAAUAUGAUAAAGCAUAACAAUGAAGUCAUACAACGUCGAAAGAACGGACAGUUUCACAUAUUUUGGAGUACACCUGAGAAAGGUCAACAAGGAACACGACGAAAU